UCCAGCACACACUUAACGACAGUUAUCCUCAUUCCUCACCUCAGUCAUAUCAAUCGCUCACCAGCUGGCUAGGGCUAACAUAGACAAACCUAACAAAAAUGGGGAGAAAGAAGCUAGAAAUCAAGCGAAUCGAAGAUAAGUGCAAUCGACAAGUCACUUUCUCCAAGCGAAGAACAGGACUGCUCAAGAAAGCUAAACAGCUCUCUAUUCUCUGCGACGCCCGAGUCGGUGUUAUUAUUCGCUCCAACCGCGGCAAGCUCUACGAAUUCUCCCACGCCCCCAGGUGCAGUAGUUUGGAUGCAAUUCUUCAAAAAUAUCAUGAUGUCACUAGUGAUGAUGCAAAAGAAGCAACGGGAGUCUAUGAACCUAAGAAUUCAAAAUAUUCACGAGGAAAUCAGGCAAAUGGAGAUCUUUUACCAAGAGUUCAAAGGUACUUGGCUGAACUUGAUUUAGACCAGUUCUCUGUGGCUGAUCUUGUGCAACUAGAGAAAGAACUGGGAACUGCACUGGUACAAACGAUAGCAGCAAAGAUCUCUGCCAAUACGCGGCUGAUGAUGGAACCAAUAAGAACACUUCAAGAAAAGGCAAAUUUGCUGAAAGAAGAAAAUGACGUCCUGGCGCAGCAGAUUGCUGCAAUGGUGAAGCAAAACAUAGCCAAGAAGGAGAAAAGCGAAGAGGUUGGUUCAGAGUUAUGCAACCUUUCAGAUACUGAGACUCAUCAUGCACCACCAGGCGAGACACUUAUGUUGCUUGGUUAGUAGCAUCCACUAAUCAAGGUGGACCUCCUGCAGGUAGAUACCUGGUCAGAAUCUCAGAUACGUAAAGUGUUUCUAAGUUCUUGUUUGGUAGCCACGUUAAAGCAAUUUACCUGGUGAGCAAAUUGUGAUUCUGUCUGAGCUAAUCUACUUCGAGCUAUUAAAAGGAGCUCGCUUAUCACGGACUGUUCUGUGGAAAAUUUAUGCAAAAAUAACAGCUCAUCUGGUCUUACAAUAAUGUAAUUUGUGUGUUUCGUUCUCUCUUGCCCUCAUAAUGUUAACUUAUGCGAUUUUUUAGUUAUAUUAAAAACGUGUAAACUGUGUGUUUCGUUUCUUAAUUUUAAAUGUUCUCUUAUGAUA